GGAGACGGCCAUCCCCAGCUUUCCCUACACUACAAUUCAGACGUUUGGGUGAAAUUUGCUCCUAGACUACCGGAGAUGUUCAUCUUGUUACUUUGUGUACUGGGAUUAGCGAAGGGAUCUGAGCCACCUCUUUGCCAUUUCAAAAAUAAGACUUGUCCCUCCGGUACAAUUUGUCGCCUCUACAACGAUUUAACAACCGCCAUCAUUUCCACCAAGUGCUUAAAGUUUGGCUUCUGUCCCGACCCUCUGUGGGGGGAGCAGCAAGGGGGAGGCAAGGCUCAGUGUCAAAGGUUGUGUGAGGAGGACACGGAGUGUCCAGGAUUACAGAGAUGUUGUACCGACCUGUACGGUUGUGGCAGACAAUGUCGAGACCCUCUUCCUGAGUACACCUGUGAUACCAAGAAAUGCGAGGAGGGUCAGUCGUGCAUCAUGGAGAGGACUAAAUGCAGCGGAGAAAAUUGUCUCGUGGCCACGUGCGUCAACGCCACCUGCAGUCCUCCAUGUGACAAAGACCUCAACUGUGAGAUGGACGUGAGCCCCACGUGUACCACAGGCCGGUGUCCGCUCAUCUCCCGCUGUCUGCCAAAACAACCAGUAUGCAUGCCCAUGUGCGAUGACGGGUAUUCCUGUAUCCUGACUCAACCACCCGGCUGUGCCUCACCGCCCUGUCCUAAAGUACCCCGGUGUCGACCCCAAUGCGACCCUCACCCUGGGGGCAUCAACGAGUCCAGCUGUGGCGUGUUUGAUGUCUGUACCCCGAAUCCCGCUCCCGGUCAAAAGCUCUGCUCCAAGAGUUCGGUCUGCUGUCGUACAAUAUGCGGCUACCGCUGUACUCCAUUACCCCGUAAGGGCUCCUUGACCUCCUGUUGUGACACCAGCGCCACCUUGAGGAUACACUGA